UCAUUGUGAUCUGAUGGCACCAUUUCAGCGAAAUUCGAAUGGCCGAUCACCAUUCGUUAAUCCUCUACAACAAAUCACAUCUUUCUUCUCCAAAACCACUUCAUCUUCACCACCACUCAAACAACAACCUAAAUCUACUCCCAAAACAAACCCUAAUUCAUCUCCGUCAAUUCCUCGUCUCAAAUCCGGGAAGAUACGUCUCUUUGCAACGGGAUCAUCGCAACCUGCUACAACUGAUCCCAUUUUAAACUCCGUUUCGAUUCCCGAACCUGCGAUAACAUACGGUGAAGAGGUAGUAGGGAGAAGGAUCAAGGUUUUGUCGUCACUUGAAAAAUCAUGUAACGAAGGAUUCAUUUCAUCGUUCAAUAAUGUUUCUGGUAAGCAUCUGGUUCAGUAUGAUGACGCAACUGAGGAGCUUUUGGAUUUAACUGUUGAAAAAAUUGAAUUGGCUGAGCCUGUGAUCAGAAAGUUUCGUCGUCUGCGUCGUGUUUAUGCUGUUCAAGAUGAAGAUGAUGAGAAGAUGUCAGUAGCCAAUGGUGUUAAGGUUUUGGAUACUGUUUCGAAGCGUGGAAAUGAUGACAAGUUUGAGAUUAUGAGUUCGAAACGAAAACGAGCUAAGAAGUAGAAAUCAGCCGAGAAUGAUUCAUGAUCUAUCUAUAUCUGUUGGUCUCAGAAUAAGUUGCUGGAACUGUAAUGCUCUUGAACCUGUUAGGACUGAAUAUCUUCAUCUUCAGAGUUUGAUUCGUAAUCUUCAAUCUCAGAAUCAGCAUGAUCAUCCAUAGUAAACUGGAGAAUGAAUG